ACAUGUGGACGACGACGUCGGCGACGAGACCACGUUGUCGCUGGUAUAAAAAGGAAAGAAUGAUAAAGAUGUUGUUGUCAGUGCAUUAAGCAAAAUAGGCAAUAUUCAUUCAGAAAGAGAUCAUGAUCUUGUACAACUGUACACCUUCCCAAUUAAUAUCAAACUAAGGCAAGGCUGAAGAUCAAGAUAGUACCUGUACGAUGGGCUCUAAGCCAUAGUCAACAAAACUUUCGUACCAUCGAAGAUUUGUUUUGAUUGUAGUGUUCGCACUUCUCUAUGAAGAUGGCUAGUACAUCAAACACGAAUUCGAGGAAGGUCCUAUUUUUCUCGGAACGAAGACGAGGAGCGAUUUUGUUUCUAUCAUCGUCGCCGAACUACCACUACAAGAAAGAGAAUAUAGAAGAGUGGAGAUGGUAGACAAGGGUGAGGCGAGGGAGCGUGGGCGAGAGACAUUCAAAGUUGAUUUUUCAACCAAGAAGAUAGUAACACGAAGAAACAAAAUUGAAAAUUGAGAAUCACUUAGCUCUUUUCACCGAACUUUGAUUGAUCUUGCAGCCCUGUCAUUCUCCAUGUCGCGAUGUCUUUACUUUUAGCACACCCUUUUAUCGCUAUCGGUUUCUGUUUCGCAUAGUACUUGAUCUUCACAGGACUUCUACGCCGCACACGCAUUCGCAUACCAAAGACACCCUGUGAGCAAUACGUAGGUUCUUGUAGUUCUAUUUUCCGGAUAUUUAGAAGUAUUUUUCUCCAACAACUUCAAGCAAGGCAAAAUGGGUGGAUCCGACGCGAUUUUUCAGGGCAUUCAGAAGGCGGUGGAAGCCGAUGGCGAAGCUCUCGUGAAGAAGAUGAAAGCAAUUUUCUGCUUCAAGAUCAAGGAUGGGUCAACCUGGUUGGUCAACCUCAAGGAUGGAAAGGGUACUUGACAAACCUUCAUACUAGAAAAAACAAAUGAAACCUCCAUACUAGAAAGCUCUUUGUUGUCUUCUUUAUUGUUCCUGUGUUGUAAUUGUAAUUCAGCUCCUCCGUGAUAGUAGAGAUAGUGAAAAUCCCAAAUAUAGAUGAUACUACAAUUAUACAUUUAUAGAGUAUAAUUUCGACUCUGUGGGCUGAGAACUGCCUCAGUGGAUUCCAGGUUCCAUCACAAAGGGAGAGGGCAAAGCUGAUUGCACCAUCACUAUCGGAGACGCCGACCUCGUCGCAAUGGCGUCAGGUACAGACUUGCCACAUCUAGUACUUGCUCCAUCAUUGAUCAAAUUCGAAUUGACAUGUAUCAUGUCGAAACAACAUAGUUUUCCUCGGGACCACCACAUGUUAGCUUUUUUUGUGGACCAUAGAAAACCCAUAAGAUGAAGUUGACAGGAGCUCCUGCAAUAUGACCUUGAAGAUGUUGUUACGACAGACCAAACAAAACGAACACUUACGAAAAAACCGCAGGGAAGCUGAACGGUAUGCAAGCCUUUAUGCAGGGAAAGAUGAAAAUUGCGGGGAAUAUGGGCUUGGCGCAAAAGCUUCAGGGCCUUUUCGCAUCCUUGAAGAAAUAAGGUCUUUACCUAUUGCGGCAUAUGAUUACUUAUGAAAGCCGUGGAGGUAAUGUCUAGAUGAAGUAGUUUUUCAAGACCGAUUCCAAUUCGCGUACCAUUAUUUUUCAGGGAACGACGUGAACAACAGUUAUGCGCUAUUAAUUUUGAUAAAAUCUCUGUCUGAUAGAGUCAGAAGAUUCUUCUACUUACGCGUUCUGUAGCACUCAAUACUUUUUGGUUGUUGAUGUAUCUAUAGGUACAAUUUUCAUCAGCAUAACGUCGUUGUAGCCUCACUUGUGAAGAAUUUAUUAUGUCGUUGUUGACAGUUGCGCAAUAUUUAUAGAUCUAGAUAAAUUCGUGGAUGCUAUUACCACCACGACUAGUAAGAGUCUUUUCCAUAUUCCAGCGACAGAGAGGCCACACUGUGCGUAUUUUCCGAAGAUGUUUUCCAGCCCCUGACACCAGCGGCGAGCUUGCCUCUUCAACAUCACAUUUUCACAGCCACAAGGAUGAAAUCUUCCACAAGACUAGAGAAGAUAUUUUGUUUCUCGUAGCCAGCGUCAGAAGGA